UUUUUUUUUUGUUCGAGCUCGCAGACAGGAAACGCGCAUCCCUUUGUCAUCGCAUCGCUGGUCUGUCUGUGGUCCUGUGCUCGGGCGUGUGGUGGUGGUGAACGGCCAAGAUGGACGCCGCGCUGCAGGCACUGCGCCGCCAAAGCGGCAGUGGUGAUCAAGAUGAUAUCAAGCAGUCGGCCCAGGUUCUGCUUGAACAGUAUGACCUCGAAGUGCAACAGCGCGUCGAGGCCAUCAAAACAGAGAUUGAGGCCCAGAAGCGGUCAUUCUCAUCACGCAUCAACCCGCUGGCCCUGAAAAUCACAAAGGCGCUGCAGCACUUGGGCGCGGCGGUGCAAGGGCCAAUUUGUGGACAGCACAGCCAUGGAGCAGCUCAAACACCUCUAUCCCACCCUCUGUCAGGUCCGGCUUCUCACCACGAUGUAUGCGCUGCAAUAGCGAGCGCGGGCCUCACCUGGCACCUGGCCACGCAGAAAAUUGAAAAGCAACAAACGGUUGAGCUGCGCGAAAUACGGCACAGUGCCGACCUUAGCGUGCAAGCCAAUUUCGCAUCUCCGGGCGAGCUUCGAAAAGAAUACGAGCAGGAGUUGCGCAACGAGCAGCGGCGGCGCGCUGCUGAAGCUGCCGAGGAAGAGGCCCAAUCGCUUGCCCUCAUCCAUCAGCUCACG